UUAUCCAUUGACGUGUGUUGUGAUACAUUAAGCAGUCAUUUAUUCAGAGGAUGCAGGAUUAUAUUGGGGCGCUAGUAACCGCAUCAUUAUCUACACGGCCUGCCGGGGAAUCCUUAAUAUGUCACGGCCACAGUUUUCAAUCCGAGCAAGAACCGGGAUUUAUUUGAGUAAAAUGUAAUUCUUGCUGGUAACGCUUGUUAAAAAAAAAAAUCGGUCUUUCGAUACCAAAAAAAAAAUUGUAAAAAAAAAAAAAAUCCACUCAAAGACGGCAGGUAUUUUAUUGCCCCCCCAAAAAAAUCAAUGUUAAAAGUGUGUUUGAAGUGGUGUGGCUCGGGCAUAAUGGAGAACUAAAAUGGAGGGAACGUUCGGGGAGUCUCUGGAGACGAGCUGGAGGGAGAGGAAGAGGUGAAGGGUCGUGGCCGCAGCUACAGGGAAACAGGCCAGCUGUCUCUUUAAAAAACGACAACAGCCAAACCGCCCUCGCUCGCAGACUGGUUAUGCUAAUGAGGUUAUUGCUGGUUGGCUGGCCUUCAAUGGAGGACCCUGUGAUUGGAGGCUGGCUCUGGGGGAGGGGCUGGGUGUGGAUGACAGCUGGGAUCCAGCCAGCCAAGAACAGUCUGACAGAGAGAGGGGGGAAAAAAAGAACGAUAGAGGGAGAGCAAGGCCACAGAGAGAGUGAGAGAGAGAGAGAGAGAGAGGAAGACAGGCCGACUGACUUCAUAAUGCAAGGCAUCCGCCCCCCUAUCCUGAACGGGCCCAUGCACCCCCGGCCGCUGGUGGCGCUGCUGGACGGGCGGGACUGCACGGUGGAGAUGCCCAUCCUGAAGGACGUGGCCACGGUGGCCUUCUGCGACGCCCAGUCCACGCAGGAGAUCCACGAGAAGGUGCUGAACGAGGCAGUGGGCGCCCUCCUGUACCACACCAUCACCCUGUCCAGAGACGACCUGGACAAGUUCAAAGGCCUGCGCGUCAUCGUGCGCAUCGGCUCUGGCUUCGACAACGUGGACAUCAAAGCGGCCGCUGAGCUCGGCAUCGCCGUGUGCAACGUGCCGGCGUCCUCUGUGGAGGAGACGGCGGACACGUCGCUGUGUCUGAUCCUCAACCUGUACCGGCGGGUCACCUGGAUGCACCAGGCGCUGCGUGAGGGCACCCGCGCCGCCAGCGUGGAGCAGAUCCGCGAGGUGGCCGGUGGCGCCGCACGCAUCCGAGGGGAGACGCUGGGCAUCAUCGGACUGGGUCGCGUGGGCCAGGCGGUGGCCCUCCGCGCCAAGGCCUUUGGCUUCGGGGUGAUCUUCUACGACCCCUACCUGCCCGACGGCGUGGAGCGCUCCCUGGGCCUGCAGCGCAUGGCCACCCUGCAGGACCUGCUCAUUCACUCGGACUGCGUCUCCCUGCACUGCAGCCUCAACGAGCACAACCACCACCUCAUCAACGACUUCACCAUCAAACAGAUGCGUCAGGGGGCCUUCCUGGUGAACACGUCCAGAGGAGGGCUGGUGGACGAGAAGGCGCUGGCCCAGGCCCUGAAGGAGGGCCGGAUACGAGGGGCCGCCCUGGACGUCCAUGAGACGGAGCCCUUCAGCUUCUCGACAGGCCCGCUGAAGGACGCCCCCAACCUGAUCUGCACCCCCCACACGUCCUGGUACAGCGAGCAGGCCUCGGUGGAGGCCCGCGAGGAGGCAGCCCGGGAGGUGCGCCGGGCCAUCACCGGCCGCAUCCCCGACAGCCUGAAGAACUGCGUGAACAAGGAGUACCUGAUGGCCGCCUCGCAGUGGCCCAGCAUGGAGGCCGCCGCCGUGCACCCGGAGCUCAACGGAGCCGCGGCCUACAGAUUUCCUCCGGGUCUGAUCAGCGUUGCGGGGGCCGGGGUGGGGGUGGAGGGUCUAGUCCAGGGCUCCCUGGCCCACGGCAUCGCCCCAGUCUCCCACCCCCCCCACGCCCCCUCCCCAGGGCAGCCCACUAAGGCCGAGGCCGACAACAGAGAAAACCCCUCCGACCAAUAGCCCCCUCCGCCGCGUCAACACAUUCCGUUGCCCCUGGAAACCAGCCCCCCCCCCCACCCUGAGCCACGCCCCCCCAUGCCAAGCCCUGCCCCCCCUCCCCCCCACCACAACACCUUCCAUCUACAUCAGCAGCCCCUCCAUCCAGUACAUUGACAUUGGUGGCACUGGUUGGAUACAAUUGGAAAUGCACCAUCCCCACCAAAUCCCAGUUCCUCCGAAGCCGUGGCCCCGCCCACAUCCCCUCCCCUCCGUGACCUCACGUCCUGUCCCUCCUCCUCUCCCCCCCUCCCCCCCUCCCCCAACCAUCCAGCCAGCCCUUCAUCAGUCCUUCACAACGUCAGCAAUAACUCUUUCUCAAGGAUGAUUGGAUUGGUGUGUUUCCUUUUUAGUCUGCUGGAGAUGUUUUAAUCGGGAGAGGAGCCUUUCCUUCCUCCUGUCGAUCUUUCAUGGUUCUUGCUGUUCGGUCUGUUUUUUUUUUUUUUUUUUCAGUAUUUUUUUUUUUUGUACAAAUAGCAUUUCUGAAGGUUUUCCUGGGCCGCGCCCGGCUCCACGCCUCUAUUAGCUGAAGGCUGGGGGGGAAGGCCCGCUCUGUCUGUCUGUGUCUGUCUGUCUGUCUGUCUGUCUGUCUGUCUGUCUGUCUGUCUGUCUGUCUGUCUGUCUGUCUGUGUGUGUGUGUGUGUGUGUGUGCGUGUGUGUGCACGUUCAUGGGUAAUGUUACUGCCAUUUAUUUUCUCUUUCAUUUAUUCGCCCCCAAUCUUUGCUUUUGUUCUCUCCCUUCCCGCCAUGCGGGGGCGAGUGCGCGUGUGUGUGUGUGUGUGCGCGUCAGACACCUGCCGGUACACACACACACACACACACACACACACACACACACACACACACACACACACACACACACCCCCCCUCCACACAGAGCUGUGCCCCCCCCUCUGAGGUCCCUCUGAUUGGUCCCCCCAUGCCACUGUGAUUCUUGCUAUCAUAUAUGUUAUCAUCGAGCCCCCCCCCCCCCCUCUCCCGACGGUCCUAAAUCAGACUUUUCCCGGUGUUUACGGGGUGAGCGUCGCCCCUCACGCCGCGCAGCGCCUCCCCUGCCCCGUUGUUUACAAGACCAGCCACCGGGGGGCGCACGUCCACCGGGGGGCCACCGGGGGGCGCACGGCCACCGGGGGGCCACCGGGGGGCGCACGGCCACCGGGGGGCCACCGGGGGGCGCACGGCCACCGGGGGGCCACCGGGGGGCAGCACCUGAGCAGGCAGAGCCAGGUCCGAGGUCCGAACGGGCUCCCAGGGGCCCCCCCGACCCGCUAUAACCGCUUCCUUCGUUUCCCCCCUAACCCCCCGCCACACCCCACAUAUCGGCUGGGCGGUGACCUCUGACCUCUACCAGCCCUCAAAAAAAGAUUAAAAAGGCUGUUACUGACUGUAUCGCGUCUUCUGUGUGUGUGUGUGCGUGCACGUCUUGUGUGUGCGUGCACGUGCUGUGUGCACGCAGGCUUCCUCGCCCUGUCUGGAUAACAAGGUUGUCUUUCCAAAGGACCCCCCCCCAGGAGCCACUCAUCGCCCCCCCCCACCCCUAUCUAGUACCUCAGUAACAGAUAUUGAAUGUACCAUGCAUACCCAUUUCUUCCUUUUCUAUGUGUAUCCAUAUAUAGACCUAUCUAUAUAUGGAUAUAUGAAUCAUCUUAACCGGAAUGGUUCUAGAAGAGCAGUAGCAUUGGUCAUCCAUCUAAAGAGUAAAGAUGAGCAGGUUGAUGGUAAAGGCUCCCCUGAAUCGGACCGUGUGGGGCGCGGCGCGUGGGUCCCCUGAAGUAAUUAUGGUUUAAAAAUAAAUAAGAACAUGGCUCCUGUUUUCUGUUUCUGUACGUUGUUGUAAAUGAGCACAAAUGCGUUGGGACGAUGUUCCCACACUCAGCUGAUAUCAACACGUCUCCACAGCCGGGGGGAAACCGGGGAAAAGAAAAAAGGACAAAAAAAAGAGAAGGCUGUGAGGAUGUGUGUGGAUGCGGUCUGCUAGCUGUCGUAUAAAGAGCUCUAGGGUUAGACGCUGAUCUCCUUCUGUUGGCUCGGCUCCUGUCAUUGCCCCAUGCCGCUCUAGUGCAUGUGAGUUGUAUUUUCUGUAGGGCAGAGGCUGUUUGCUUAAUGAAAUCGGUGUACCUUCGUCGUCUCCCCCCCCUGCCCUCCCAGCCAGUGUUUGAGUCCCCCUCUUAUCGCCAUGCUGUGAUGGUGAGUCCCAGUGAUGUAUAGUUUUCCCUCAGAGUCUAUGAGUGACAUGGAGGGGCGUCUGUGUCCUGAGAUUUUAGACUCCCAUGUCAUGUGAUGAGUAUAUAUUUUUAAAAAUAACUCCCAUAUAGUUUGGAAUAUGCGCAUAAUAGUAAUCUUAAAUUUGCUGUUGACUAUGAUAACGUUUUUUUUUUUUUCAGUUUCAGCAGUGCACUGUGUUUAUGAAAUCCAUUUUACUUAUAUUGUAGACGUUUGUUUUUUUGUAUUUGCUUUUGGGUUCCACAUGUUGACCUUUGGGUUUCAAAUGUUGACCUUUGGGUUCCACAUGUUGACCUUUGGGUUCCACAUGUUGACCUUUGGGUUCCACAUGUUGACCUUUGGGUUCCACAUGUUGACCUUUGGGUUCCACAUGUUGACCUUUGGGUUCCACAUGUUGACCUUUGGGUUCCACAUGUUGUACUGAGACAUUUCAGAGGAAUAAGAUCUCUCCCUGUGAUACUUUUAUUUUCUCCCCCCCCCCCCCCCUCCCUUCUCAGUUUGUCUGUUGGUUUUCCUUUUUAAUAUAUAAAUAUAUAUAUCCUAGCGUAGCUGCCCUAUCCAGACGCUAUUCUCUGGGCCUUAUCCUUCCCUGUUAGCGUAGCUACGAUAGCAUGUCGCCAUGGAAACACUCACUGCCUUAAAACAGUUGACCAGAGUAGGCUGGGCCAAGUAAGGAGACGCAGUCAGUCAGUCAGUCAGUCACGAGGUGUUCGGACCCACGGACGCCUCCCGGCCCCCCCCCCCCCCCCCCCCACCCCACCACCCGCCAACACAUCCAGACGGACAGUUACAUUUGACUUUGGGGAGGCGGGGGCUGCAGACCCACCCCAACACCGUGGGUCUGAGGACAGGUGGAGGGGGCUGUGUAGACGCUAUCUUGGACCCCCCCCCUCCCCCUCACCAUGCCAACUCCCAGCGGUGGCGGGCUGUGCUAUCCCGAUACCGCAACCCCCCCCGGCCCCGCCCUCAGGGGGGGGCCGGCCACACCUCGUGUAGAAAAGAGCGGAAACACAAUAAUGAAUUGGACAGAAUUGGUCACUUUCUCUCUAUCUCUCUCUCAGGGUUCAAAUGCACACAUACCCCCCCCCAGUCACACCCACCCCCCUUAUCUCCCCGCAGUCCGCCCUCAGAAUGUAGACCUGCUCCCCCCCCCACACAGCCCCCCUGCACAGUGAGUUUUGUAUGUUAAAGGUCUUUUUAGGUUUAGUUUUAUUUUAUUUUUUCUUAUCUUUUUUUUUUUUCUUCCCUCCCGUUUUUCUUUCGCACUGAAGUCUAACCAUCUUAACAAAGAAUGCGUGAUUGAGUGAAUGUUUAUCGUGACUGUAUUGUCGAAAUUGGGAAAUGUAUUUCUACAACAUGUGAACAUGUCCCCCCCCCCCCCCUUCCCCUCACUCUUGUUGUGAAUUAAUUGAUUUUCUUUUUUCUUUCACCAGAUUGCAAAAACCACAAAAGCGAUUAAAAUUUGUCCUGUAUCUAGACUCUUAAGCUUUAUUUUUGUUUUGUUUACUUUUUUAUUAGAAACAAUCAUGUUUGUGAUGGUAACUUCCGAUGGUAAACUCCACACCGUAUUUUAAUAAAAUCCUAAAAAAUA